AGAUCUUGUAGCCACACUGCACUGCUAUCAAGUACACGAUUCUUCAACUUUACAAAAUGUCUCAAGUACACGAUUCUUCAACUUCUGUAUUGCCAAAGUACGCGAAAUUAGGAUUUCAGUAUCUUGUGAACCACUUCCUUACCAUAAUACUCAUAACUAUUAUAUCUACUCUAUUUAUCAAAGUACUUAGAUUCGGCCCCCAUGGAAUUCUGUCCAUAUGGAAUCCUCUUCAGUUAGAUCUGAUCAAAGUACAGUGUACCUUCUUUGUUGUCAUCUUCGUAUUGACACUCUAUUUCAUGUCCAAGCCUCGUCCAGUGUACCUCGUUGAAUUUGCCUGUUUUAAGCAGCCUCCCCACUGUCGUCUUAGUUCUGCAGCCUUCAUUGAACACUCAAAAAUCAAUAUGAGCUUAGAUCCUAAAGGUGUCCAUUUUCUGCGUAGAGUCUUGGAACGGUCCGGCCUAGGUGAAGAGACAUAUUUGCCAGAAUCAUUGCAUUAUAUCCCACCACAGCUUACAUUAACAGCUGCAAGAGAAGAAGCCGAGAUGGUUAUUUUCUCAGCAAUGGAUUCAUUACUUGAGAAGACUGGGAUUAAUCCUGAACACAUAGAUGUACUAGUCGUAAACUGCAGCGGUUGUGCGCCUACACCAACACUAUCAGACAUGGUGAUCAAUAAGUAUAAGAUGAGACAUGAUGUUAAGAGCUUCAAUCUAUCUGGCAUGGGCUGCAGUGCUAGUGUAAUAGCCGUUGAUUUGGUUCGUCGCCUCUUUCAAGCUCAUGCUAAUAUCAAUGCCGUUAUUGUGAGUGUGGAAAUCCUGACUCCAAACUAUUAUGGAGGGAAAGAAAAAGCUAUGCUUGUCCCUUACUGUUUGUUCCGUAUGGGAAGUACAGCCAUCCUACUAUCAAACAGAAAAUCUUUUCGCCAUAGAGCCAAGUACAGUCUCCUCCACACAGUCCGAACCCACAAAGGCGCUGAUGAUAAGGCUUACGGAUGUGCUGUUCAACAAGAAGAUUUGGAGGGGAAUUUAGGGGUGCUGCUGUCAAAAGAGCUAAUGAUGAUUGCCGGAGAAGCAUUGAAGUUAAAUAUGACAACCCUUGCUCGGCUUGUUCUUCCUGCAUCUGAACAACUCAUCUUUGCUAUAAACUUCAUUGGUCGGAAAAUCUUUAGCCUCAAGUGGAAGCCCUAUAUUCCAGACUUCAAACUGGCAUUUGAGCACUUCUGUAUACAUGCUGGAGGACGCGCUGUAAUUGACGAGCUGCAGAACAGUCUGCAACUCUCCACAGAGAACGUCGAGGCCUCGAGGAUGACACUACACCGGUUUGGAAACACAUCAUCAACGUCAUUGUGGUACGAGCUUAGCUACAUCGAGUCCAAGGGACGGAUGAAAAAGGGCGACAGGGUUUGGCAAAUAGCUUUCGGGAGUGGGUUUAAGUGCAACAGUGCUGUGUGGAGAUGCAACAAAACUGUCGAAACACCGAUAGAUGGACCAUGGCGUGAUUGCAUCCAGAACUACCCUGUUCAUGUUCCUCAGGUGGUAAAACUGGGCUGAUAGUAUUUCAACCUCCCUAACUAUAAGCUAAAUAAAAGCAUGUCUUAUUCUGCAGUGUCCUAGCUCUAAAACUUAUGUAGCAAGCUCUUUAUGUUUGUAUUGAUUGUACUGACUUAAGUCAUCUCUUGUUAGAGAAUAAAUAGAUGAAUAACAAAAUAUCAGGAAAUGUGUCAGUGCAUAAUUUUAAGCAGCAGCACUUAGCUCGGAACAUCAAAGAUCAAGCUGCACAAGGGUUCCGGGGUACAAGUGAGAAGAGGGGAGCCGGCAUGUUGCAAGGAUCAACGAAAUUUACUACGCAUUUUAUAUCAAACUGUCCAUCAUUCUCGCCAAAAAAUUUCAAGCAGACUAUCCGAUAUCCAUGGGAACUUAUUUUAGCCACUAGAAUCACUAAAAUCUUGAAAAAUAUGUAACAGAAAACUUAAUGAAAUCCUAAUUAGCAGAUUGGUGAGUCACAUGGAUAAUAAGAAAGAACUAGAAUUGAAGAUUAUAAAGAAAUAUAAAAAAAUUGUAGCAAACAC